UUUUCAAUCAACAACAAUCAAUCAAAAUGUUUAAAUUGACAAUUUUAUUAGCUUUCGUAGCUUGUGUUGCAUUCGUUGCAGCUGAAUCAGAGUCAGACAGUGUGUCAAUCAGUGCAACAAGUGGUAUGGCAAUGGCUAGUGAUAAUAAUAAAAUAUUUGGAGCUUGGGAAUUUGGAUUGGGUGGUUUAGCUGCUUAUCGUUAUUUACAUCCAUAUCCAAUCGUUCGUAGUGCGAUUGUGUCACCAAUAGUCGAACCAAUUGUAGAACCAAUUGUACCAAUUGCACCUGUUGCUCCAGUUGUUCCAUUGUUACCACGCGCAGUAGAUUUAGACUACUCAACUGUUGGAUACAAAGCUGAUUUACCUUUUGGAUCAUAUUCUUAUGGAUACAACACCCUUCCAACUGCUGUUCGUCAUUAUUACUAA